UUUCGGGUUCACACUCUUUAUCCCCUUUCUCUCACACUACAUUAUAAGCAACCGAAUCCCCUCUGCUUCUUUCUCUCUCAUCUCAAGUCUCUCGGCUUCCCUUAAUUCUUUUAAGCUUCAAUGGCGUCUCUUACCGCAAGUUCCCUCAAGUUGAGCUCCUCGCUUUUGCCAUCAAGCCUCAAUAAUAAGGCAAGUGGUUCAAAGUUUGUCGCCAUCAACAGUGGUCGUGCUGGAUUUCCAGUGCUCCGAACCUCCCGGUUUUGCAUCCAGUGUGCGGCAAAGCCCGAGACUGUGAAUAAGGUUUGUGAGAUUGUAAAGAGCCAACUAGCGUUGGGUCCUGACACUCUGGUUACUCCUGAGUCAAAGUUCUCGGCACUUGGUGCUGACUCUCUUGACACGGUGGAGAUUGUGAUGGGAUUGGAGGAGGAGUUUGGUAUCACUGUUGAGGAAGACAGUUCUCAUAACAUAACCACUGUCCAAGAAGCGGCGGAUUUGAUAGAUAAGCUUGUUGAGAAGAAAGGUGUGGCUUGAGAGAGAGAGAGAGAGAGGGAGAAAGAGGGAGAGAGAGAUUAUUAGAAUGCGUUGCAUCGCUCCAAACGGUGUGGGCUCUGAAGUUUUCCUUAAGAUUCGACUGUUCCAUUGAAUGUUGCAUUAAACUUCUUGUUUUGGUUAGGUAUUUAUCUUAAAUAUGAUGCCCAAUGUUUAAGCUAA